CCCCUCGGCAGCGGAGCCCGGCGGGCGCCGGUCUCUGGGCAGUGUAGGGCGCCUUCUCCAUCAGCAGGUCUCCAGCCCGGCUUCCCGCCUCUCCUGCAAAGACCGGCCCGCCUGAGGCGGGGGCAGCCCGGCCGCCCAGAGCGGGGCUGAGCCUCCCUGCCGCAGAUGCUGUAACAAUGAAGCUGAGCUGCACUGAAGUACCUCUUUAUGGACAGAUGACUGUGUAUGCAAAGUUUGACAAAGAUACUUACCUCCGAGAAGAUGCUGAAUGUUACUUUGUUUACAAUGGAUCCACUCAGAGACACAUAACGUUUGCGGAGCGAAUUAAUGAUAGUGCUCUUCAGUCCAUCAUUCCAGGCCAUGGAUGCCAAGAAACAGUUUCAGUCUCUGUGUUCAUGUACACGAAGGGAUAUUCACCUGUGACCCUGGGCUGCUGCUCUGUCACUUACAAACAGAAUCUGUCUUGCAAGUUAUCUCAUUUUCUGGUUAGCCACUUUGACUGCGUCACUUCUACUAGUCACCAGACACUACUCAGUAAGUUUGGGCUAACUGUGGAAGAUUUGCAGUCACUGGAUCAUGAUAUGAUGCUGGCCAUAGCUCAUGAAGAGCUGCCACCUACAUGGAACGUCCUUGGAAAUUGUUCAGAAGACGAGUCUAAUCACAAAGAAACACUGCUUCAUCUCACAGUAAGAUUGGGCUUGGUUAAACUCUCGCAAUUCCUGUUAUCUCAGCCUGGUGGGCCAUUGGCAUUAGCUUUACCUAAUGAAGCUGGAGCAACACCAUUAGAUUUGGCUUCCCAGAAUGGGCACUCCAGACUUGUUGAAAUCUUCAUGAAUUUUCAGGGCAGUCAUUCGUUUGACAUUUCUAGAGCUGAGAUCAGUGAGUGUGCUUUCCUACAGUUUGUUCAUUCAUCAGGAACUCUGACACUGACAUUUAAUCACACGGCAGAAGGUUUGUUGGAGUCUGACAUUAAGCUCUUCAGGAAAUACUUCUGGGAUAGAACCUUUCUUUACAAGAGUCUUAAUUCAAAACAAGCUGGGACAGUGGAAGGACCACAAAUGCCCUGCAAUUCAACAGAUUCUGCAGAAGAUCUCAUGAACUUGGCAUCUGAUGAACCAGCACCUGGAAGUGAAGAUGUGAAGCCUUUCAGAGAUCCUCUGGUUCCGUCAAGUGAAAAUGAAGACCAGGUCUUGUUGGAUAUAGAGCAACGACAUUCUACACUUGAUGUCCUCAAGAAAUACCCAAAUCCACCUACCUUCUUUGCUGCACCCACACGUACUGCCAUGCUGAAUGGAAGUGAUGAAGUGUAUGCAAAUUGCAUGGUAGUGGAUCAAGUUGGAGAUUUGGAUGUUAACUACAUUAACGUAGACAGUGUCACCACUGAAACAGGCACGGAUCAGAUCCACUCAUCCCCGACACCCAAGGGCUCAUCAUCUGCCUCACUUAAGGAAAGCAACCAAUAUAUUUAUGCAGAAAAUGAAGAUAACCAAAUGGUAAUGAAUAACAUAGACAACGUAAGCACACAGCCUUUCACUUCACCUUCAAAUCUGUAUGCAGCAGGUUCAUAUCUACCACUCAAGUCUUGUGGAUUUAAUAAGGAACGAAGUCAACUUUAUGCUGACAUGAAAAAAAGAAGUUCUAGUCUUGAUGACCUUGAAGUAGACAUUGGAAGUGAAGGGAUUUCUGACAGAUCCCACGUUCGCUACCCUUCUUUCAGUUCUUCAAUGACCGUGGCUGGCAGCAGGCAUGAAUUAGAUUCUUCUGAGACAAGCACUGACCUAGAUUAUAGCAUCCACAGGAUGGACUCUAACAAUCUGCAGUCAAAGGAAUCGUUACUUUCUGGAAUCCGGUCACGUUCUUACUCAUGUUCUUCACCCAAAGUUUUAUUAGGGAAAUCUCGCUUUGCACGUGACUUCACAGUUUGUGAUUCAAAUGAAGAACAACGCGCAUACAGCUUGCCAGAGCAAUUGAAGGAAAAAAGGAUUCAGGAGGAGGAAUGGGAUAAGUAUAUUAUACCUACAAAAUCCGAGUCCGAAAAAUAUAAAGUGAGCCGUACUUUCAGCUUCUUGAUGAACAGAAUGUCUAGUACACGAAAUAAGUGCAAGACAAAGAAUAAGGAUGCCAAAGACAAACUGAACAGACAUCAGUUUAUAACUGGGAACUUCUCAGGCAGUAUCCCGUGUAUGGCAUGCGACAAAGCCCUCUUAGGGAAAGAGUCAUUGCAGUGCUCUUAUUGCAAUGCAAUUGUGCAUAAAAACUGUAAGGAUUGUGCUCCUGCAUGUACAAAGAAAUUCCAAGAGAGAUACCAUAUUAAGACCAGACCACAAGCUGUCCUAACAAAUUCAUCAUUUAGAGAUAUUCCUCAGCCCAUGUUCUCCUCAAUGCAUCCGUCUUCCUCAAUGCCCGUUGGACUUUCUUCUGUAAGGAAAGAAGUCUCACAGCAACCUCACUCUUUAUCCAAAAGUGUUCCAAGCGCCAGUUUUGAAAGAAGAUCUAUGCCAUCUUCCGACCAAGACACUGAUAGUAGCAGCUGGAUGUCCAGCUCACACUCUGAAACGCUGUUACAAUCUAUAGGGACCCUUCCGUCAAUGGAUUCUUUUGUAAUGGAAGAUGAUGUGGAUGCCUCCCUGUGGACUGACCUCAGCACAGAGGCACAGGAGUUUGAGGCAGAAUCUUGGAGACUUGUUGUGGAUCCAGCAUUUUGUAGCAAGCAAGAAAAGGAUGUUAUCAAAAGGCAGGAUGUAAUUUUUGAGCUGAUGCAAACAGAAGUGCAUCACAUCCACACGCUCUUCAUUAUGUCUGAAAUAUUCAGGAAAGGAAUGAAAGAAGAGUUACAACUAGAUCACAGCACUGUAGACAAAAUAUUUCCCUGCUUAGAUGAACUGCUAGAGAUUCACAGGCAAUUCUUCUGCACUAUGAAGGAAAGAAGACAGGAAUCGUGCGAGGGGAGAAAUGAGAGAAAUUUUGUAAUCAACAGAAUUGGAGACAUCCUUGUGCAGCAGUUUUCAGAGGAAAACGCCAAUAAAAUGAAGAAAAUAUAUGGAGAAUUUUGUAGUCAUCAAAAGGAAGCUGUUAAUCUCUUUAAAGAGCUGCAACAAAACAAGAAGUUCCAGAAUUUUAUUAAACUGCGAAAUAGCAAUCUUUUGGCUCGACGUCGAGGAAUCCCAGAAUGCAUUCUGCUUGUCACUCAGCGCAUCACAAAAUACCCAGUUCUGGUAGAAAGGAUACUGCAGUACUCAAAAGAAGGAACAGAGGAGCAUAAAGACUUAUGCAAAGCCCAUUGCCUGAUUAAGGACAUGAUUGCAGCAGUAGACUUGAAAGUCAACGAAUAUGAGAAAAGGCAAAAAUUGCUGGAGAUUCUCAAUAAAAUUGAAAACAAAACUUAUACCAAACUGAAAAAUGGCCAUGUUUUCAGGAAGCAGGACCUGAAAAAGAAAGAGAGGACACUUUUGCAUAAAGGUUUGGUGUAUUGGAAAACUGCUACUGGACGUUUCAAAGACAGUUUAGCUCUGCUUCUAACUGAUGUGCUGCUGUUUUUACAAGAAAAAGACCAAAAAUAUAUAUUUGCAGCUGUUGACCAGAAGCCUUCAGUUAUAUCACUUCAGAAGCUGAUAGUAAGAGAGGUGGCCAAUGAAGAAAGAGGGAUGUUUCUGAUUAGUGCUUCAUCUGCAGGGCCUGAGAUGUAUGAGAUUCAUACAAAUUCUAAAGAAGAACGCAAUAACUGGAUGAGGCAGAUUCAAGAUGCAGUGGAAAGUUGCCCAGAGGAAGAAGGAAAAAUUAGCGAAUCUGAUGAAGACAGACGGAUAGCUGAGGCCAAAGCAGCCAAGAUUCAAAAAUGUCAAGAAUCUCUGAGUAGCCAGGACCAGCAGAUCUGCAGUUAUUUGGAAGAUAAGUUGCAUAUCUAUGCAGAGCUUGGAGAUAUGAGUGGAUUUGAGGAUGUCCAUGUGGAACCACAUCUCCUUAUCAAACCUGACUCUGGAGAAAUGCCACAGGCUUCCUCAUUGUUGGCAGCAGCACUCAGGGAAGCUGAAAGCCUCCAUGUUGCUGUAACAUCAUCACAAGCAAAUGAUGCAAACAAGUCAUCAGAGGCGACUACUGGAGACGCAAGCUUGACAAACACACUUAGUGCCAAUGAAAUAUUUGAAUCUCCGACUCAAAUGAAAAGAGACGAAGAAUCUUGUGAUGUCAGUCCCAGGAUUUGUCAUGCUGUGAAUGAAGAGGCAGGCUCUCUGAUGGGGGAUAAGGUAGAACACAUGAAUUUCUCAGGUUCUACACCGACUGAGAUUGUACAAGCAAUCCAGAAUUUAACCCGCCUCUUGUACAGCAUACAGGCAGCCUUAACCAUCCAGGACAGCCAUGUGGAGAUCCAUAAGAUACUACUGCAAGAGCAUGAAAGGACCAGUCGGGGUCACAGUUCUCGUGGAAACCUACUGCUAGACCAGGAAAAAUACCGAAAUUUGGAAAAACAAAGGGAAGAACUGGCAAAUAUACACAAACUUCAGCAACAGUUUCAACAGGAGCAGCAGCGUUGGUCCCGCGAGUGUGACCAGCAGCAACGGGAGCAGGAGAUAAGAGAGAAUCAGCUGCAGGAGAGGGAGAGAGAUUGCCUAUGUCAGGAACAGCUUCUUCAUCGGAACCGGGGAGAACUGGAGCUUCAGCUGCAGGAGUUCCAGCAGAACCUGGAAAGGCUUAGGGAGGGCCAGAGGAUGGUGGAAAAGGAAAGAGAUAACGUGAAGAUGCAACAAAAGAUAUUGUGGCACUGGAAACACAGCCGCCAGAGCAGUCUGCCUGCAGCAUUUCCAUCAGGGAGCAAUGAGAUAAUGGGACAUAGUCAAUCGGAGAGCUUAAGUGCUGAAAAUUCAUUCUUCAUAAAUGAAACUUUAGUACAGAUGUCACUAAACAGUCUCAACAAAUCAAAUCCAUCUCUAGUGUACCAGGAUGGUGUAUAUGGGAUAAACGUCACCAAUUCAGAUAUAACCAGGACUAGUGAAAAUCAACCAGCCAUCACCAAUGAACUUUGGAAAUCUACUGCUCCCUGCCAUCAGGUAUCCUCCUCCUGCAAAAGCAACAAGGAUGCUUGUAAUAAUGGUCUUUCACCCAGGAAUAAGGAGGAGAAACACUUUUUCAAAUAGAGGAAUAUGUGGUUGCAAACCCACAAAAUUGACAUGGAGACUCAUGGGCAGGUGUGGUAUCUGAAACUACUUUUAACGCAGUUUUUGAAAUUGACGAGAUGCCAAGUUGACAGCAUUCCAUUAAUUCUAAGAUGAGUAGUUUGUGUCUUUUGUUCUAGACACAUUCCCAGUACCCUUAGUAUGAGUGACUGCAUCGAAGGUACCCAUUGCUCAAAGCAUAGUUGUAAUUCAGCUAAUUGAACAAGUAUAGAUAUUUGUAAGACAAGGUAAUUCCAUCAGUGCUAGCACUAAUGUUGCACAGAUGCAUUAAUGCUAGGAGAUAACCUCACAGGCAGAAUAAAAUCGUCUUUAAAUUUGAAAUUGGCAACAAGUUUUAGUCUUGUCUCAUGACACAGAACACAACGUUUUAUGUUCAACUUUAAUAAAGCAAUGUUUGUGGGAUGCUUGGUGGAAGUGAAUCAUAAGGGAAGUAUGUUUUCCUCUUGGGAAUAACAUCACCAUUUGUUUAAAGCAGAUGGCAAAAGGGAUUAAAUCACAUGGCAGUGUGAUACCAAAGUGAAAAAUAUGUUAUUAUAUGUCAUCUGCAAUUAGCAUAUUUCAACCAACACUUGCUUUUGGCCUCCGUAGUUGUAGGGUCUUAUACUUCUGUUACUAAUUCUGUCAGUGAAAAUAUCUUAUCUAGUCUUCGAACAUAACCACAAUGGAUGAAGUGGUAUUACAUAGCCUUAUAAUUAAGACAGUUAACUAAGUGUUGUUUUUAUAAUGUUGGCUAAUUUAAAUAGAGGAUUUCUUGUAUAAUUUUACUCUUUGCAAUUUCCAAUGUCCCUUUCUGAGGGUUUUGUUAAUUAGGAGAUAAGUCUAAAAUAGCAUUAUAAUUCUGUGGAAGUGCAGCAUUCAGAUUAAUCAUCCCCUUCCUUCGGACAUACCACUGGCAUUUUAUAUAUUUUACAUACGUGGGCACCUCUUACUCAGCGGUGCCUUACAUGCCAAUUUCUCACACAAAAACAGGAUAAUGGCCAAACCUUUCUUAUUUUAUUCACACAUGUAGUCCCAUUGAUUUUGGUGGAGUGGGCUUUGAUGUCAAUGGGACAGCUAGAGUAAGGAGAAUUAGAGGAUUUGGCCAUGUAGGUAUAAAAAAUAAAGGCCAUCAUCAACCUUUACAUAUAGACUUGGGGUUUUUGGGGGGCAGGGGGGUAGAUAAGGCAUGUGGUUGUUCCAAUAGCAUAAAACGAAUGGAGACAACAUGCAAGUUUUCAGUCCCUUAAAGUGACUCUAUCCCCAUAGUCUGUUAACUGUAACGAUGGCUACAUACUUAUUUACUUUUAUUUAUUCAUUCAGAUUUCUGAAAUAUAGUUGUAUGUGUCCAUUCCAUAAAUUAGAAACCACAAAGUAAAUAAAGGACACAGCAUCCUUGGAGAAGAGACCAGAAGGAUGGGCUUUGUAGCAUGGCCAGAAGGUUAGCAGAUCUGGGAUUUGGAGAAGUGGAGUGCGACGGGAACAAGUUCCAACACGGAAGAUUCCCCCCCCACCCCCACCCCAACACUCAAUCCUCAGCUCAACUUGAGAGGGUCUGCUGAUCUCACAUGUGACACUGUGUCCCGGAGAGAGAGGUGAUCUCUCAGGAAAGGGAGCCGCCAUUCAGUAGAACUUUACUAAUUGUUUUUUUGAGGUGAAGAAGAGCUGAUGGGGAGGCUGUGUUUCUCUUAUGCAGUAUGAUCUAUGGGUGUAGGCUUAGUAGGGGGCCUUGUUUUAAUACAUUAUUAAAACUGUUUUAUAUAAAUUUUGUAAUGCACUUACAGCCUGGAAUAGAUACAGUGCACCAGUAUGAAUAAAUAAUGCACUCUAAUGGCCCAGAGAAACCCUUUGAAGAUAAUCAAAUUUUGCAAAAUAGUAAGGAUGCAAGUACCCGCAAUAAAAGUCUUG